AUGCCAGCGCCUCUGGAGACCUGCCUCUCCGACCUUGACUGCCCCAGCAGCAGCAGCGACCUGUCCGGCUUCCUCACCGAAGAGGAGGACUGUGCCAGGCUCCAACCUCCAGCCUCCGCCUCGGGACCACCUGCGCCGGCCUGCAGGGGCGCGCCCGGGAUCUCCGGGGAGUCCGACGUUCCAGGGGCGCAGGACGACGAGCAGGAGCGGCGGCGGCGCCGGGGCCGGGCGCGAGUGCGCUCCGAGGCGCUGCUGCACUCGCUGCGCAGGAGCCGGCGCGUCAAGGCCAACGAUCGCGAGCGCAACCGCAUGCACAACUUGAACGCGGCGCUGGACGCACUGCGCAGCGUACUGCCCUCCUUCCCCGACGACACCAAGCUCACCAAGAUCGAGACGCUGCGCUUCGCCUACAACUACAUCUGGGCUCUGGCCGAGACACUGCGCUUGGCCGAUCAAGGGCUGCCCGGGGGCGGUGCCCGGGAGCGCCUCCUGCCACCGCAGUGCGCCCCGUGCUUACCCGGGCCCCCGAGCCCCGCCAGUGACGCCGAGUCCUGGGGCUCCGGUGCUGCCGCCUCCCCCUGCGCCGCCGCUCCCUCGCCACUCUCUGACCCCAGUAGUCCCGCCGCCUCCGAAGACUACGCCUAUGGCCCAAGCGAUCCCCUUUUCUCUUUCCCAGGCCUGCCCAAAGACUUGCUGCACACGACGCCCUGUUUCAUCCCUUACCACUAG